GGUUAUUGCUCAUAGUUGUCAAAGUGCUAGCCAGGUAUAAAUUGUUGUAUGGUGGUUGCUCCAUUGAGAAGGGUAAAGGGUUGAGGAAAUAAAACACGUAAAAGGGUAUCUGAAAAACAAAUUAGAAAUGGAGCAGCUUAUGAACAAAGCCAUGAUUGAUGCUCAUAAGAUAGGAACAGUUCAUGAGUUUGAUAUUGUUGGUUCUUUUUCUUCUUCUUCAUCUUCUUCUGUUUCUGGAAUUUCAAGUGGGUCAUCAUUGGAAUCUGAUUCUUUUGAAGAAGUAACAUCCCCAGCUUCUUCUUCUUCUUCUUCCUCAUCAGAUCAUCAGCUUUCAGCUGAUCCAUUGAGUGACAUGUCUUCUCUCUUUGAACAACUUCCCAUAAAGAGGGGGCUUUCGAAGCACUACCAGGGAAAGUCACAAUCUUUCACUUCAUUAGCAAAUGUGAAGAGCUUGGAGGAUCUUGCAAAGGCAGAGAACCCUUACAAUAAGAGGUUGAAAUCUUGUAAAAGUUAUGGAGGAAGGUUGGCUGAGAGCCACAAAACAAAGUGCACUCAUAGUAAUACUAUGUCAAGACAUGGUUCUAAGAGAGGAUUGCAUUCAGCAUGUUCAAGGGGUUCAAGGGGUAGUGCUAACUUCAUGAGGCCACCAAUACCCACUCAUAGAUCUACAAGUACCACCAACAUCACUAAUCAAACAGCCUUGUUUGCUUGAAAGGGGAUUAUGUGAUGUUUUUGUUGAAUUGAGUUUUUUCUUUUUUUGUUGUGAUUUGCGGAGGAUCAUUUGAUGUAUAUGAAUUAGUUUCAUUCAAUGAAAACUUUUUGAGAGAAAAAAGAAAGAAAA